CGUAAAGUGAGUUGGAAAGUUCGCGCACAAUUGACAGUGCUCGUCCGCACCGGAUCGCUGAAUUGUUGGAGCAAUUUAUUGAAAGUCUCUCGUGAAGUAGGAUCGCAAAUAGUGUUUGAAAAUGAAGUAUAUACUCCUUGUGGCGUUACUCGUCCUGCCAGCAGUCCUUUUUACAGUGGACAGUGGAAAUAAAUUGAUGACAUGGGCAGAAGAUGAAAUUGAGGAUGAAGUUGUGGAUGUGGAGGGAGAAGAUGCCGCAGUGGUGGGUGAGGAUGUUGAGGAAACGGAUGAGGGUGAUUCAACGGCAUCUCCGGACGCUGAUACGUACCUCUUGUUUACGCAACCCACCCACAGUCCGGGGAAUCAACUUGAACUGCCAGCUGGGCAUCCCGUUGAUUUCCUCGUGGGUUUCCUCAAUAAGGGCACGGAAGAUUUUGUCGUGGAAACAGUGGAGGCAUCCUUUAGGUAUCCCAUGGAUUUCAAUUACUUCAUCCAGAACUUCUCUGCCAUUGCAUACAAUCGGGAUGUGAAGCCCAAGAGUGAGGCAACAGUGUUGUACACUUUCAUCCCAUCGGAACACUUUGGUGGACGUCCCUUUGGGUUGAACAUCGCCCUCAGCUAUAGGGAUGCCAGUGGGAAUCAAUUCUCCGAAUCUGUCUUCAAUGAGACUGUGAUGAUCUACGAGGUAGAUGAGGGACUCGACGGAGAGACAUUCUUCCUGUACGUAUUCCUAGCUGGUAUUGUUGUUCUCCUCCUUGUGGUUGGGCAGCAAUUCCUCGCGGGAUCAGUUGGCAAGCGAAAGAGGGGAAAUGUUCAGCGAAAGACCAUCGAAACGGGCACAAAUAGCAAUGACGUUGACUACGAUUGGCUGCCAGAGGAGACACUGAGAGCCCUCCAAAAGUCCCCCAAUUCGAAAUUGUCCCCAAAGAAGGCUUCCUCCCCAAAACAGAAUCAACAGAGCCCUAAGCAGAGGAAAGCAAAACGUGCAGCUGGAUCUGACGAUUAGAGAGAGAGACAUCACCAUCCGCAGCGCAUCCUCCACACCAACUUCAUUAGAAAUUCAUCAUCGAAGAGCGGGGAGAUUCUCACAAACUCACUCCUCAACCCGGAUUAAAGUUGCGCGAUUUUGUGACAAAGACUGGAUACUCCUUUCAGUGCUUAAUCUUGUGUGUUUCCAAUUUUCCUUCCAUCCUGCGAGCAUUUUCAAAACAUUAAUUGCAGUUAAUUUUCUUUUUUUUCGUUAUUUUGAUUUUCUUUUCCUUGUGUGAAAAUUUCCCAGGGAUUUCUCAAGACAUUUUUUUUUACGUGAAAUUUCACAUUCAGCUUUUUGCUUUGAGAAAGUUGUUUGUGUGUUCAAGGAGAUUUAUUUAUAAAAUAGGAAAAAUAAUUGCAAAAAAAAAUUAAAUAAAAAUAAAGAUAUAAAAAGAGCAGAAAACUUGGAUGUGAAAAUUAGUGGCUCAAUAAAAGGUUGACAAGAGAAAAACAA